AUGUCGCAGAGGAAGUUACAGCAGGAGAUUGACAAGCUUUUGAAGAAAGUGAAGGAAGGGCUGGAGGAGUUCGACUCUAUAUAUGAGAAGUUUCAAGGCACUGAGUCCUCGAACAUCAGCUACCGUGAGAAGCUGGAAGGGGACUUGAAGCGGGAGAUCAAGAAGCUGCAGAAGCAGCGGGACCAGGUGAAGACGUGGUUGAGCAAAGAGGAUGUGAAGGACAAGGACACGGUGCUGAUGGAGACGCGGAAGCUGAUCGAGAACGAUAUGGAGAAGUUCAAGCAGAUAGAGAAGCUGAUGAAGACGAAGCAGUUCUCGAAGGAGGCGCUGACCAACCCGGAUAUCAUCAAGGACCCGCGCGAGCUGCGCAAGAGAGACGAGUCCCUCUUUAUCCACGAGUGUAUCGACGAAUUGACGAAGCAACUGGAGAGUCUGGAAGCACAGGAAGACAAUGAGCACCAGAUAGAGAGACACGAAUUCCACAUAGCGAACUUGGAAAACAUCUUGAAGCUGUUGCAAAACAACGAACUAGACCCAGAUAAGCUCAAUGAGUUCCAUGACGAUAUCAAAUACUAUGUCGAAAACAACGACGACCCAGAUUUCAUUGAGUACGAGACAAUAUACGAAGAUAUAGGAUGCGAGUUGAACAAAGCCGCCAUCGCUGCACAGCAAGAGGAAAGCAUCAAGAGCACCCCAAAAAAAUCUCCCACGAAAAAGAGCUCAAAGAUCUCAGGUUCUGCUGCCAAGAGAUCACCUACUCCAUUGGCUGGAACAGCCAAUGCUAACAAAAAUGAAUCUUCUGACAAGACAAAGACCAUUGAUACUCAAGAAACAAAAGCGGAUAAGAGCAAGCCUGAAGAAAUUAUUAAAUCCGAAGAUAAGCCAACUAAACAAGCAGAAGACGAGCAAUCGAAUAACGAAGGUGAUGAUAAUGAGGAUGAAGAUGAUGAUAAGGAAGAUGAUUACGUGGAACCAGUAGACAGAACAGCAGAAAUUAAUGAAAUUCUUCAACAGGAUAUCCAACUAAACUCUACAGCUAUGAACAACCCGCUGUUUAAAGAUGAGAUCCAAUACUGGCUGGAAUCAAAGAGAAACUUACUUCAACCGAUCGAAGAUAUGACCCCUGCAAUGAUACAGCAACUGGAGUCCUCAUUGUUGAAUUGCCCAGAUUCUUUGGAUGCAGACUCUCCAAGCUUAUAUCGAAAGCCACUCUCUCAGCAUCAUCCUACCUCAAUUUUUUUCCCAAACGAGCCUAUAAGGUUUGUAUAUCCGUUUUACGAACAAACUCAACCUAAUCAUCAGAAUGGUUCCGAGGGCAGAAACAACAAGCAUGAAGAUAUAUAUUCCAGGACAUCGCUCGCUAAGAUCUUCAACAUGUUUGACCUGGAUACUUUAUUCUUUAUUUUCUAUCAUUAUCAAGGUACAUAUGAGCAAUUUUUAGCUGCAAGAGAGUUAGCAAAAAUUAGAAACUGGCAAUUCAAUAAGAAAGACAGGUGUUGGUACUAUAAGGAGAUAGAAAAACUACCACCCGGAAUGACUAAAUCUGAAGAGGAAUCAUGGAGAUAUUUCGAUUUUAAAAAGAGUUGGCUAUCAAGACGUUGCGGAAGCGAUUUUGUCUAUAACGAAGCAGACUUUGAAAAGCUUUGA